GCCUCUAAAGCCAAAAGCCAAAGCAACUCUUAAAAUACAUUUUGAAUAUCCUAAAAGACCUAACCAAAUAUAUCCCUCUCUCCUCUUUUGCUGCUGUCCAUCGUGCAAGGUUCAGGGCAAAAGUUGACAACUUUAUUUUCUUUUGAUACAAACGAAGCGAGCAACUUUGAGGAUUUUCUUGCAAGGUGAACAAGAUCUGCCGGCCAGCGUGUGAGAUCAUCAACUACCGAAGUAGUUUUUGGAAGAAGAAUAAGAAGGACCAAAGAAGUACAAACAAAGUCUACACCUUUGAAGGUUUACAGGGAGAAGAAGAAGGAGAGUAGAAAGGUUGAAUGGGAUUAAUCAGCCGCACUCAGUGCAGAAUCGUGGAGGAAAGGAAAAAAAGAGACAAGAGCUUCUGCAUGGUGAAAAAAAUGGGUAUGUCGGAAUCUUGAGAGAGCCCCAUCUGGGAGAAACAUUAUAUAGUUUUUGUGUUCUUCAUUUUCUGAUUUCGCACUUGCGUCGAGAGGAAAUGGGUAGCUGUUACUCAAGAACAGAGAGACAGGAGAUAGUGUCGCGUUGCAAGGCGAGGAAGAGGUACUUGAAGCAGUUGGUGAGGGCCAGACAAGCUCUCUCUGCUUCCCACGCGCUCUAUCUCCGUUCUCUACGCGCCACCGGCGCCGCCCUUCUCCAGUUCUCCGCCAAAGAGACCUCUCUCCAUAUCCACCUCCACCCUCCGCCUCCUCCGCCUCCGCCUCCGCCGCGUCGGCCUCCUCUGAGUCCUGGCUCCGACACCACAUGGACCUCCACCACCACUUCCUCUGCUCUUCCUCCUCCUCCUCCGCCGCCUCCUCCUCCGUCCUCCGCAUGGGACUUCUGGGACCCCUUUGUGCCGCCGCCCCCUUCUUCGUCGGAGGAGGAGUGGGAGGAGGGUACGGCCACCGCAACAGCCACCGUCAGUACGGAUCCGGCGACCGCUACUCCUCCACCGUCAUCGGUGGUGAGUGAGUUCUCCAAGGACACCGUCACGACCGGCACCGCCUCGGGAAGCGAGUUGGCAAUGGUUGUCUCGAGGAACAGUAAGGAUCUGAUGCAGAUUAUCAAGGAAGUAGAUGAAUAUUUCGCGAAGGCUGCAGAUUCUGGUGCCCAGCUCUCUUGCCUCCUUGAAAUUCCAAGUUGUAUCAACACCGCCACUGCAUUUUCUGCUCAUAACAAAGGAGGGAAACUGUACAGUAGCUACGAGUGCAAUCUGAAUCCGAGGUCGUUUUGGACAAGAGGUUUUAGUACAACGUUGAACGAAUAUAGAAACCCAGGAGGAGAGGCGGUCGGAGGAUAUGGGAGCCAUUCCUCUACCGUGGAGAGGCUCUAUGCUUGGGAGAAGAAGCUGUUUCAAGAAGUCAAGAACGCAGAGAGAAUCAAGAUGGAGCACGAGAAGAAGGUGGAGAAUGCGAGGAAGCUGGAGAUGAAGAGAGCUGAGUAUGUGAAGACGGAGAAGGCCAAGAAAGACGUGGAGAAGUUAGAGUCACGGCUGACGGUCGCUUCUCAGGCCAUCGAGAGCGCCUCUGCCGCUAUCACCAAUCUCCGAGAAACCGAGCUGUACCCUCAGCUGGUCCACCUUGUCAAAGGGUUAAUGGGUAUGUGGAGGAGCAUGUACGAGAGCCACCAGGUCCAAAGCCACAUAGUUCAGCAACUCAAGUACCUUAACACUGUCCCAUCCACUGAACCCACAUCCGAGCUUCACCGCCAAUCAACUCUUCGGCUGGAGCUCGAGAUCCAACGAUGGCACCAGUCAUUCUGCAACUUGGUCAAGGCCCAGCGCGACUACAUCCAGUCUCUGACAGGUUGGCUCAGAUUAAGCCUAUUUCAGUUCAGCAAGAAUCCACUCGCUAGAGGCAGCAGCGAAUCAAAGAUUUACAGCUUUUGCGAAGAAUGGCAAUUGGCUGCUGACAGAGUCCCGGAUAAAGUAGCAGUUGAAGGGAUCAAGAGCUUUAUGGCUGCAGUUCAUGGAAUUGUGGUUCAACAAGCCGAAGAACACAAGCAGAAGAAGAGAUCAGAAUCAGUGUUAAAGGAUUUCGAGAAGAAAGCGGCUGAACUGAAGGAACAUGGGAGCAAGUACGGGCCUUUCUCUUCGGACGGAUUGGGGGAAAAGAGAGGAAAGGUCGAGAGGUUGAAAGGAAAAGCGGAAGAGGAGAAGAACAAGUACGAGCAGGCGGUGAAGGUGACGAGGGACAUGACAGUAAGUAACUUGAAGAUGGGGUUUCCACAUUUGUUACAAGCAAUGAUCGGGUUUUCAAGCGUGUCCAUGCAAGCUUUUGAGUCUGUCUACAACCUCCACCACUUCAAAAGAUAGACAAUAACGCCUUCUGAAUGGUAUUAUGCUACGUUAUAUGUACUAACAAUAUGUUCCUAAUUCAUUUCAGACCACCUUGUUUUUGUCUA